GUAAUAUUUGUAACGGUAAGAGUGCUCAUUUCCUAGUAAUUGUGACGAUUUAGUGAACAUGCGAUAUCGUGUGAACACGAUGCACAAGCAGGGCGGCAGUGAGAAUGUUUACCACGCGCUGUCUUCACGUUCUGAGUAGACUGGACACACGUGCACGCCGCAGGGCGUGUCCUCAGUUCCGCCUGUCAGAACCUGAUGAUCCACAGUUUAUUUGAUAACAUCCGUUUUUCUUUACAAUCCAUGUCUUAAUUUAGUCAACAAAGCUGAGUAAAACGAGCAUCUAGGUCGCGGAGACUGAGUUCCAAGAGCUUAUCUCACCGACUUCACUUAUCCUUUUGCGAGGAAUGAAAAGUUUGGAUUUUUUUUUUUUUUUUUUAUUCUCUUUGCUGUUGCACCACAGUGUGUGAGCACCGUCCAUUGAGCAGCACCACGGUGUGUGAGCACCCUCCACCUUUGCUGGGUGGGGAGGAGGGGAGAACAAUCUCUCUUCAGUUGCCCUUCAUGGAGCAAGCCAAUUAAUUUCGUCUCAUUCAAGUCUCGGCCACCUCUCUGCCACUGGAGGUCGAUUGAGAAAGGUGCUGAUGUGAGCGCAACAACAGCCACGACCACAUCUCCAUCGCCUGCCGCUGCAGUAACCGCCGCUGCGCCUGUAUAUGUGUACAGGACACGUCACCUCAUCAUCAAGGCUUGCAUCCACAGUGGCAGUGAAGCUGUUGAGCCUGUAGCGCAGAAACAGAAGACAGCACACUCAGAGAGGAGGUCUGGACAGGUUGGCCGCACUGUGACAUUAUUCUCAUUACCAUCAUUACUAAUAUAUUUGGACAUGUCAAGACAACGCAGAAGAAUCUGUCGUCUUUACAGUGGAGGCGUCACCUUCUCUCUGCACUCGAUCUGGAAUUGCAUUCUGUCCAGACAAGUGAAGACCACUUUACAUCAUCAGAAGAAGGGUCCCAUCGAGAGGUGGACGACGAGGGAUUCUCAGCUUCCAGAGAACGCUGUUGCCCUCGCGUUGAUCGACCUCUCUGCCUUCUCCUCUUCCUCUUGUGGACAUUGUCCUCUGUCGGGGUUGCUGAUGGCGGAGGGAUUAGGUCUGUGCCAGAGUUGCCCUGGGUCAACUUCACGCAGCCAGGUGACCUGACCCUCGGGGUCAUCAUGUCGCUGCACGCUUACAAUGCCACCCAGCUCUGCUCCAACAAGAUCCGCGAGCUGGGCGCCCUGCAGCGUCUGGAGGCCAUCGUCUUUGCCGUCGAGGAGAUCAACAGACGACAGGACAUCUUGCCCAACAUCACGCUAGGCUUCACCAUCGUGGACGACUGCAACAAUCAACUGACUGCUUUGGCCCGGUCGCUACACUUCAUCCAAGAGCCCAGUGCCACUGCAGCAUCGGGUGAAUUUCCGGGUAUCGACUGCGUGGCGGUGAUUGCGGCUGAGAGCAGCAGCAACACGAUACAAGUGGCCGACACCCUGUCCGUCUUCCGGGUGCCGCAGCUCAGCUACGCCUCCUCCAGCCCCUUGCUGGACGACAAGAGCAAGUACGACUUCUUCUCCCGCACCGUGCCCUCCGACACCAUGCAGGCAAAGGCUAUUGUCAACAUACUGAAAGUCUUUGAAUGGCGGUACGUGUCGGUGCUGUACGCUGGGGGCAGUUAUGGAUCCGAAGGGUACAAAGCCAUCCAGAAGAACAUGGAUGACAUCGGCUACUGCACGGCGACCACAGCCGAGAUCAGAGACAACUUCAACGACACCGACUACGACGAGGUGAUCAACAAGCUAAUGGAUAAGAAGCAGGCCGUGGUGGUGGUCCUGUUCACAACCCAAGCACAGGCCAAGCGUCUCUUCGAGGCCCUCAAGCGAAAGAAUUUCAACGACAAUUUCACCUGGGUGGGCGGCGAUUCCAUCGCUAUGAACCCCUCCGACUUUGAGGCCGCAGGGACGGUGGCCUCUGGGCUGUUGUCCGUUAACUUUGUUUCCUCCCCCGUGGACCGCUUCGAGAAGGAGUUCCAACUCAUGAACCUGUCCAGCGGCGCCCGGAACCCGUGGUUCAAGGAGUUCUUCGCCGACCUCUUCGACUGCGAUUCUUCGUCAUGCAACGACAGCUUGAUGAUCGUAAACUCAACGAAGUACAAGACCGAGGCCACAGCCUCGCUUUCGAUGAACGCCGUGUACGCGUUGGCGCACGCGCUCCAUCUGGUGACGAGGAACUGCUCCAACGCCACGUCAUCACCCAGCACGUGCUUCACGUCUGAGCAGCUGCGAGAUGCUCUCCGCACUGUUAAAGUUUCAAGGUGAAUCGUGAACAUCAGCUUUGAUAAGUAUGGCAACCUGCAGGGCAACUACGAGAUCCGCAACCUGUACUGGGAGACGAAGCGAUGCAUCAGCACGUGGUGGGCGUGUGGGACACCGUUAAUCAGUCCUUUGGCUUCUUUGACAAGAACAAGGUUCGAUGGAACUCUGCCCUCCUACACAAGUUUGGUUGGGCUGUUCCAUCCUCUGUGUGCAGUCAUCCAUGUUCUGUGGGUUACCAGGCCGUCACGACCCAGCCCUCGUGCUGCUGGUACUGUGAGCCGUCGGGACAACGAGAGGACGAUCCUCCUCAACCUUCCCAAGUGCGAGGUAUGUCCUACUGCUGAAAACUUCACCUGGCCAGAUGCUGAGACACGGACCAGAUGUCUGCCGAUACCUGCCACCUUCGUCCACUUCUCGCGCCUGGAGGGGCAGCUACUACUGGCCUGCGAUCUCAUUGUCUUCCUCGUCACCUGCACCGUCUGCGCCGUGUACCUCAAGAACAGGCACUCGAGGCUGAUUAAAGCCAGUAGUCGAGAGUUGUCGCUCAUGAUGCUGUGCGGUCACGUCAUCACCUGCUUCCUAGUGGUGAACUUUGUCCUUGAACCCACUUCUGCGACCUGCGUCAUGUCUACUGGGGAUCACCUGUCCUUCACUUGGUCCUAUGGUCCCCUCCUGGUGAAGACCAACAGAAUUUACCGGAUCUUCAUGCCUGGCAAGGCGAUCACUAAAAAACCUCUGUUCAUUGGCUCCAGGGCUCAGGUAGUCAUCGCUGCUGUCCUCGUCGCUUCACAGUUCCUUGUGAUGUGCGUGUGGAUGGGGCUGAACCUCCCGACCGCCAGCACCACGAUGCCGAGUCUGAGCGUGAGGUUUGUGGAGAGGAAGUGUUCCUCCCCACAGAGUGGCUUCCUCGUCUCCUUGGUCCUCAACCUCUCCAUCAUGGCGGCGUGCGGCGUGCACGCCAUCAAAACGCGCCGCCUGCCGGCCAACUUCAACGAAGCCAAGUUCAUCACCUUCUCCGUCUACACCACCGGGCUGCUGUGGCUGUCCUUCCUGCCCACCUACUUCAUCUCCGACAGCAACGUCGUCAAGACGAUGUCGCUUGGAUUCGCCAUGUUGCUCAACGUCAUUUCCUGUCAGGUCUUCCUCUUCCUUCCCAAGCUGUACGCCGUGCACUUUGUUCCAGAGAAGGAUAUGCACCUGAAAGAAAACCGGACGACUAACCCUUCUGAUAAUCACGUGGGAGGCCAGCAAGCAGGUCAAGGGUGAUCUUCGUGCACCUACAAAACUUUACACCUGAGAGUUGGAGCAUGAGCAGUUCUUCUGUCUCUCCCGUGUUUGAAAUCUCGUUCAUCGAAUUUGAACUGUUGCUUCUGUCUGUGUGGCCACGAGCACAGUAGGACACGAAGAGGGUUGUCUCCAUCCCCGGUGCUGAUUAUCACUGGCACGUGACACCCGUUGUUUGAUGUACGCCGCUCGUGUUCUUAUCCCGCAAGACAUUUUGUAUCUGAAAAUCGUUACAAUGAAAAAGGUCGUAAAUGUUCGUGUAGCAAAAUAAACACUACCCUGACACCCCACAUCCCCAUCGUCCGGGUUUUGUUCUCGUUUGUCGAAGGAUAAUUACCUACUUGAAGACCACAGCGACGUUUCGUUUGUACUUAGGCAUUUAAAUUGGCAAGAACAAUUGCAAUUAUUUCCCUUUUUUAUCUCUAUUUUUGUAUAUAUGCAGUUCGAUGGUGUUAUGAAUUUCUGAUGAACUUGCAAGAAGAAAAGAAGCUAUUGUAUAUAUAUAUACACACGUGAAGGCGCGUGUGCGUGUGAGUGUAUGUGCGCGUGCACGUAUAAGAGAUGGGGAGAAGGAGAAAGAUACCCAAACACAUUUUAAAUUAAAUAACAAGGCGUUAUUAUUUUUUAAAAAUUUCUUCAACAUGUAUGUCGCCAUUAAUUAUUACUUCCAGUCGCAAAUUAUCCAUGUUUUAGAAGCUCAUUUCCUAAUCGAACACAAUGAGAGUUAUCUACCUUGCUGGUCCAUUGAAAUAAUUAGGCUGUUUUAAAAUUGUUACAAGCUGUAAUCAAGUUAUUUUUUAUGUGUGUGUAUGGCUAGUGAAGUGUCCAAGGCUAUCAUCAUUCAUGUGUUAUAUUAUCUUAGAUCUCUAAUCUUUCUCUCAGUCUUUCUUUUUCUUUCUUUGUUUCUUUCUUCCUUCUCUCAUCUCCACCUUCACUAUUUACACUAUCCUCUGUGUUCUUAUUAUAUUUAUUUAUUAUUCGCCUCGGCGCUCCCCUUAAAAUGUCUUUACUAUUUGCUGACAGCAGUAAUCUUGGGUGCGUCAGCUAAAUAUCAUUUUCAUUGACAGGAAUUAAUUGCAGUUUCUAAGUGGUCUCAAAGGACAGAUGUUGUCAUUCUUUCCAACGCCCUUUUGGGUCACUGCUUUGCACCUAGAAAUAUGUACAAUUGUACAUCAUUGGUCUGCCGAUAGGACGUCCUCCCCUACACUUUGUGCCAGCAGCGCCCUCUACUGUCGUAUUUACAUAACACGUAACUAAGUCGUAUUCAGUAUUUUCUUUUUUAUCUCCUUCCUCCUCACUAUCCUUCUUCUUCUCCAACUUCUUGUUCUUCGGGAGGUUGUCGAGAAAUAAAUUUUAAAGAGUUGGGGAUUGAAAUCGUAGUGUUUACACACUUUUCUCUGUCCAGUCCUGAUGAAAAACACCUGGGUGUCAAAUUAUGAAGCAAGAAAAGCCAUGCAAAAAUAAUAAUUUCAGUGGCUAAAUUCUGUGAAGUUCUCCCUGUUUUUGGUGUCCGGGAAUAGAAAAAAAAAAUCGGCAAGUCGGCUUUACACCACACGGUUUCUCGUUAAUAACAUUACACUUGUUUGAAGAAUAGUUAUCUUGGCCAUUAUGUCCUUUCAUACCUUUGACCUUUGUCCUCCGGGUAAAGAGUCAACAUGGAGUCCUAGAUUAAAGCCAAUCGCUUGCUUUUUCACAGAAGUAAUGAGGUCCUCUAGGGCUGUGAGGUCGAGUGGGUCAGGCUCACAGAAAGGUCCUGAAUGAGUUAACUGUUGAGGCUUGUGUGUGGGUGUUCGCGAGAUCUCAAGACGAUUAACUGAUGUUUAAUGUUUUGCUGAAUGAGUGCGCGUUGGGCGUCACUUUCAGUAACAUUUCCAGUGAUUCACGAACGUUUCUCUAAAUCAAGAAAACAUUUUGACAUUAUUUCACAUUUUCUUCGUGCAAUGUUAUCAUUUAUAUUACUAAAAUAUGUUUAGAUACACAGACACAUAAAUGUGUUACUGAAAAUGUGUUUGUCCUCGCCAAAAAUGUCAUACCAAGAAUCCUUAACACUGUGUUGAAAAUUGAUGACUUGGGAGGGAUAAAGGUUCCUUUUCAUCCCCUGGACCCAAGCCAAGCGUUGCCUGGGAUGAUGCAUCACGCGCUUUGCGGUCAGGGUGGUGGUCCGAGAGGUGGCGAGUGUCUGAUGAUGAAGAAGCUAGACUAACACUCAUCAUGUUUCUCCCCACAAGCUUUGUGUAGACCUGUGGGUUCUGUUUCCAGACAAACCUUCAAGCUGUUCUGUGCUUUCGUGUCAGCAGACUCCCCUGCACCUCGCCAUUCUGUCUUUUGAUAAUUCACUCCAUGGAACUGGCUGGCUGUGCUUCUGUUUCUUUUUGCAGAAGAUGCAUCGGAAAAAAUUGCAACCUAUUUAGAAUCAUUUUACCAUGUUUCUAUCAGGAAUAAAACUUUUUUGCUCUUCUUUCUCUCUUACAACACACCUGAAAGCCCUCAAGGUGAAUACAUGACACACCCAGAGACGAGGUGCGUGUCCCGAGACGAAAUUUAAAAUAGAAUCUGAAAAUCCUCCCACACUGAGAUGAGAUGCAAGCUUUUUCUCCACAGUUUGAAAAUAAUAUCUAGACCCUGGCUGGCUCUACUUGAAGGUCACUAGCUGCCAUUUUGGUACUCAUAAGGCGAUACUCUCAGUAUUUGAGUGAUCUGCCGCGGUAUCUUCGUAGUUUUUGUAAAUUGUCGAUGUUUGCGUGCUUUGUUUUCUCUAACUUCUUUAGUUUUUUUAUUUCAACUCUAAUGAGGUAUUGUCAACCCUUUCGUGUUUCACGUUGGAUUUAUUUUAUUGUUGGUUUUUGUUAAUGAAUAUUACGAGUAGCAAGAUUACUGCAGAAUGGCACAACCGCGAUUUGAAGACUUAUAACCGACUCAACACGAAGACUGUACAUCUGAUCCUUCUCACCAGGGUCAGCAGGUAAUAACACUUUACUUUUCUGAAGCUUUUCUGCAAUUUAUUAAAUG